AGCGGCCCCCGGGGCGCUGAGUUCCCUUUGGCAGGCGUGCAGCGGGGCCGUCCCAGCCAUGAUCGAGGUGGUGGCCAAGCUGGGCCGUGGGCCCGUCUUCCUGGCCGGGGAGAUGCUGGAGUGCGUGAUCACUUUCACCAACCCUCUGUCGGCGGCCUCCACCUCUGCCAGCAGCGAGAUGCUGGCAUGGGCCAGCGCCCAGAUCCACUGCCAGUUUCACGCCAGCGAGAACCGGGUGGCGCUUCCCCCCUCCGACGGCAGCAAGCACGAUGUGCAGGCAGAAAACGAGACAGUCUUCGUCCCCAACAGAGGAGAGCGGGGUCAGUGUAUCCUGUCGACACCACCAAAGAUCCUUUUCUGUGACCUGCGGCUGGAUCCCGGGGAGUCAAAGUCCUACUCAUAUUGUGAGACGCUGCCCAUCGACGGCCCUCCCUCCUUCCGGGGACAGUCGGUGAAGUACGUGUACAAGCUGACCAUCGGCUGCCAGCGCGUCAACUCCCCGAUCAAGCUCCUGCGCGUGCCCUUCCGCGUCCUUGUGCUGCACGGCCUCAAGGAUUACCAGUGCCCACAGGAUGAGGCCGUCGCGCCCUCAAACCCCUUCCUGGAGGAGGAGGAGGGCUUGAAGAAGGACUCUCGCCUGGCGGACCUGGCGACGGACCUGCUCAUGGCAGCCACCUCCCGACGCAGCCUGCACCUGUACAAUAUCAGCAACAGCCGCGGGAAGGUGGGGACCUUCUGCAUCUUCAAGACCGUGUAUAAGAUUGGAGAGGAUGUCAUCGGGACCUUUAACUUCUCAGAAGGAGACAUCCCGUGCCUGCAGUUCUCAGUGAGCCUGCAGACAGAGGAGAGCAUCCAGGAGGAGUUCCAGCGCCGGCGAGGGCAGCCCGUCUCCUUCAGCACGCACGCCCGUCAUCAGGAGGCCUGCCUGCACACAGCCCAGAGCAGCUUCAGCCUGCCCAUCCCGCUGAGCUCGACCCCAGGAUUCACCACCAACAUCGUGUCCCUGAAGUGGAGGCUGCACUUCGAGUUUGUGACCUCUGGGGAGUCAGCGGGGACCUGCCUCGUCCGUGGGAGCCAGCCAGAGGCCGUCACCUGGACCGGGGUGGAGCAGAUUGAGGUGGACACUUUCAGCUGGGACUUGCCCAUCAAAGUCCUUCCCACCAACCCCAUCCUGGCCUCCUACGUCUCGCAGUUCUCCAGCACCAACUCCAUCACCAUCUGAAGCGGGGACAGCCGGUAGGACCCUGCCAUGCCAGGGUGGGCAGCGGGGAGAGGGAGCACUGCGCUCGCCAUGCCCUGUGCCUUCAGCCGGGGGCCAGACCCUUUGUGCAGGAUGAGGUCACGGGUCGCAGCGCUCACCAAAACAGGAUCUGCCUCCGGGGAGCAGCCCCGUGUGUGCCUUGCCCCAAGAGGGGCUUCCAGUAGAAAAGGGCCCAGCCCAGGGAGUGAAACCUUGCGUGAAGGUCCCUGCAGGCCAGCCUUGUGCUGCCGGCUCCUGCUGGACUCCUGGAUGUGGCCGAGUGCUCUGCAUGGAGCCAGGCAGCAGCACCGCAGCGAUGACCCAGAACUGAGAGGUGCUGAGCGCCCGGGCUGUCCUCUCCCUCCGCUCCUGAGCCCGAAGGCAUCCUGCUGGUCUCGGGAUCCUCGGGGAGCCGGAGUGAAUGCAUGCUGUGUGCUGAGGAGCUGGGAUGGAGGUCUCCCUGCUCAUCUGCCAGCCCCACGUUUCUACCAAACCUUCCAAAGAGUUUUCCUCUUUGUGUGGAAAUCUAAUAAACACCUGAAUGUGCAAAA